UUUGAUCCUACACCGAUCUGGGAAGGUAACAGUGAGCCGAAUUAUCUGCAGCACACAGCAGCUAUUGGAGGUUACUACUGACAGUUUUCAUUACACUGGUGUGUGUGUGAGCGCGUGUGUUUGUGUGUGUUUGUGAGUGUGGGUGCCUGCUUUUUGUAUGAGAUGUGUGAGUGUCCGUGAAUGUGUGUGCGUCUGUGUGACAACCAAAGCAGGUAUAUCGUACAGUAGAGAUUUCAACAGCGUGAAAAUAUUCUCUGGGCACUUGGACUCAGUCUGUAGCCCCCAGCCUUCACCAUCCCCUUCCUCCCCCCACUCCCCCCCUUUCUCUUUUUGCCUUUGAUGAGUUUUUGGUUUACUUUUUGGCGGAGUCUCUUGGACACGUUUUUUGCUGGUGCUGGAAGAUCAGAUAAAUGGAACCUUUGAAAACUGAUUAUUUUUCCUCUAUGUGACUUAAAAAAAAAACAAAGAAGAAGAAAAUAGAGUAGUGCAAGAUAAGCUAGAGGAUUUUAAAUUUUCCUUGGUGAACUUUGAGGAUCCGUAAAAGAAGAAACCAAAUGAAGUGUUUACUAUCAUUAUCCGUAUUUGAUGAAGAGGAUACUGAGAUUCACAGAGAAUUAACUUGUCCAAAAUCAUCUAAUACCGGGUAAUCACAAGUGAAUGAGCCGAAAGCACACACAGACGCCGGGAACAGACUGUCACUGAGGGGAAAACUUACAGAGAACAGGUGCAGAAAUGGUUCUCCGUAUUGCAAGGCUGCAAGAUCACGCAGAAAGAGUGGGACCAAAUAAACUGGAACAUCUGACACACUGAAUGAAUAAGGAAGAGAAGGGAGUCUAGCAUGAGAAGAUCAUCUCUCUUCAUGAGGCAGCUUUAUUUCCCAUCCUGCACCAUCCACCUACAGAUCUCACUGAAUUAGCAGAGGGACUUCAUGAAAUUCAGAAGUUACUGGAAGAGGAGAGAUAACCCAUGUAGAGUAACAGAAUGGAAACAUCCUGAAACUACUCUGGAGUCUGAAUAAAUUGACCGGAUUCGUUUCACAAACAAGGAAACUGGUCCAUGGACAAUUUGCCAUAGGUGUAAAAUAAACAUCAUCUGCCGAAAUCCCGAGCACUUCUUUAAAUUCUUUGGGUUUUCUCAGGAAGAUCAGGACCUGUUGGAGAAAUUUUGAUAAGAUUGGCAAACACGUUGCCUGUUUACAGCAUAGAGACCACAAUGGAGAGCUAGCUUAGAAACAGCCUUCAUGUUCCCAGCCUGACACCAGAGAUGACUCUCCUUGGGAUCCACUUCUCUUACUAUUUGAACUCCAGAAGGACCAACACCAGAUAAAUUAUGAAUGUUGAACAAGAUGACCUUACAUCCACAGCAGAUAAUGAUAGGUCCUAGGUUUAACAGGGCCCUAUUCGACCCCCUGCUUGUGGUGCUGCUGGCUCUUCAACUUCUUGUGGUGGCUGGUCUGGUGCGGGCUCAAACCUGCCCUUCUGUCUGCUCCUGCAGCAACCAGUUCAGCAAGGUGAUUUGCGUCCGGAAAAACCUACGUGAGGUUCCAGAUGGCAUCUCCACCAACACUCGACUGCUGAACCUCCAUGAGAACCAAAUCCAGAUCAUCAAAGUGAAUAGCUUCAAGCACUUGAGGCACCUGGAAAUCCUACAAUUGAGUAGGAAUCAUAUUAGAACGAUUGAAAUCGGGGCCUUCAAUGGUCUGGCAAACCUCAAUACUCUGGAACUCUUUGACAAUCGUCUUACCACCAUCCCAAAUGGAGCUUUUGUAUAUUUGUCUAAACUGAAGGAGCUCUGGUUGAGAAACAACCCCAUUGAAAGCAUUCCUUCUUAUGCUUUUAACAGAAUCCCCUCUUUGCGCCGACUAGACUUAGGGGAAUUGAAAAGGCUUUCAUACAUCUCAGAAGGUGCCUUUGAAGGUCUGUCCAACUUGAGAUAUUUGAACCUUGCCAUGUGCAACCUCCGUGAAAUCCCUAACCUUACACCUCUCAUAAAACUAGAUGAGCUGGAUCUUUCUGGGAAUCACUUGUCGGCCAUCAGGCCUGGCUCUUUCCAGGGACUGAUGCACCUUCAAAAACUGUGGAUGAUACAGUCCCAGAUUCAAGUGAUCGAACGGAAUGCCUUUGAUAACCUUCAGUCACUAGUGGAGAUAAACUUGGCACACAACAAUCUAACAUUACUGCCUCAUGACCUCUUCACACCCUUGCAUCAUCUAGAGCGGAUACACUUACAUCACAACCCUUGGAACUGUAACUGUGACAUACUUUGGCUCAGCUGGUGGAUAAAAGACAUGGCCCCCUCCAACACAGCUUGUUGUGCUCGAUGUAACACCCCUCCCAAUCUGAAAGGGAGGUACAUCGGGGAGCUUGACCAGAAUUAUUUCACAUGCUAUGCUCCUGUGAUUGUGGAGCCCCCAGCUGACCUCAAUGUCACUGAGGGCAUGGCAGCUGAGUUGAAAUGUCGGGCCUCCACGUCCCUGACCUCUGUAUCAUGGAUUACUCCAAAUGGAACGGUCAUGACACAUGGGGCAUACAAAGUGAGGAUAGCUGUGCUCAGUGACGGCACAUUAAAUUUCACGAAUGUAACCGUACAAGAUACAGGCAUGUACACGUGUAUGGUGAGUAAUUCCGUUGGAAAUACCACUGCUUCAGCCACCCUGAAUGUUACUGCAGCAACCACUACUCCCUUCUCUUACUUUUCAACCGUCACAGUAGAGACUAUGGAACCUUCUCAGGAUGAGGCACGGACCACAGAUAACAACGUGGGCCCCACUCCAGUGAUCGACUGGGAGACCACCAACGUGACCACCUCUCUCACGCCACAGAGCACAAGGUCAACAGAAAAAACAUUCACCAUCCCAGUGACCGAUAUAAACAGUGGGAUCCCAGGAAUUGAUGAGGUCAUGAAGACCACCAAAAUCAUCAUUGGCUGUUUUGUGGCCAUCACACUCAUGGCUGCAGUGAUGCUGGUCAUUUUCUACAAGAUGAGGAAGCAGCACCAUCGGCAAAACCAUCACGCCCCUACAAGAACUGUUGAAAUCAUUAAUGUGGAUGAUGAGAUUACAGGAGACACACCCAUGGAAAGCCACCUGCCCAUGCCUGCUAUUGAGCAUGAGCACCUAAAUCACUAUAACUCUUACAAAUCUCCCUUCAACCACACAACAACAGUUAACACAAUAAAUUCAAUACACAGUUCAGUGCAUGAACCGUUAUUGAUCCGAAUGAACUCUAAAGACAAUGUACAAGAGACUCAAAUCUAAAACAUUUACAGAGUUACAGAAAACAAACAAUAAAAAAAAGACAGUUUAUUAAAAAUGACACAAAUGACUGGGCUAAAUCUACUGUUUCAAAAAAGUGUCUUUACAAAAAAAACAAAAAAGAAAAGAAAUUUAUUUAUUAAAAAUUCUAUUGUGAUCUAAAGCAGACAAAAUUAUGUGUAUUCCUCAGAACCUGUUUUUGCUGCACUUAUUUACUAUUUUCCCACAUUUCAUCCCUGCCUACCCUGGUUGCCAUAUUUUUCAUAGGACAUCUCAAGUCCCUAAAGAACUGGCCUAGGAAAUUUUGUAAGAAUUCUGUUACACUUUGAGAUUUUUAUGGUGAAUUCUAGUGGUGAGAUCCAGUCUAUUUUGUCUUUCUUUCUUUUUUUCCCCCUUUCCUUUUUUUUCCUCAUGCCCUUAUCAAGUAGUCCAAUGGGGAAUGCAAUAUUAGAAAUAGAUUUUUAAGAGAGAACGAGAUAAAAAAAAUGCAAGAUCUUAUAUUUUUCAUGUAAUGACCUGUUCUGUAUUUAUGAGGAGAACCAUUCAAUGGCCAAGCAAAAAGAAAAAAAAAAGAAAAAAAAAAAGAGAAAAAAAAGAAAAAAAAAGUAAGCAAACAACAGAUUAAUUUACAUAUGAGCAUCUAUAAAACCCAUGAUCUUUUAAACAACUCUAGAACCAGAAUUUGUAGUUCAAAAACUAAAAAAUAAGGUUAUAAAUAAAAUAUUGUUGGUUUUUCUGUACCUGGACACAACUCAUUUGUAGUAUGGCUCAAAUGUGAGAAACUUGAAGGUAAUUAGAUUUUCUACUUUCUAAGAAAGAAACAAAUUAUUGUAUUCUUCAGUCACAGCAUCAAUCUCUAUGGGGUCCUAUUUCAUUAGCUGACUUGAGUGUUGGAUCUAUAUUCAGGGAUGCUGUGGUAUUUUUUUUCCUUCUCAUUAGGAUCACCCUUUGUAGAAUGCUCAGAUUAAAAAAUAAUGAUUUUGUGAAGUAAAUUCAAUUCCACUUGGAAGAAAGUUUCAGUAUAAUUUAUUCACUGUCUCCUAAGUAAAAUUCUACUGGCUAGCUAAAGUAUAACAAGAGAACGUGAAGGUAUUCUAAAUUAUCCAAGUUGAAAAGUAAUUUUUGGUGCUAUCAGCAAAUUCCAUUCAAUUCCACAAUAAUUAUUAAUGCCCUUCUAUGUUUUAAACACUGAUCUUAGUGCCGUGGGUACACAAUGGACAAGACCUGCUUCUUGUCCUUAAGUCACACAUGAUCUGUAUGAAAUAUGAUUAAAGAAAUUUCAGCUUA